AUGAUAAAUCUAUUAUUGUAUAAAAGAACUACAUAUAGUGAAAAAGUACCAUUUUUUUAUUCAUUUCUCUUUACAAUUUUUCUAACAAUUAUUGCUGCUAUUAUACUUAUACUUAGUUAUAAACGGGCCAUUAAACUCAUUCCAAACGGGAAUGGACCAACUUUUAUUUUUAAUUUUAUUUCUAAUUUCAAUAGCAUGAAAAUACCGCUUCGACUAUUUUCUCACAAUGAAAGAAUAAGAUUAAAUGAUGAAGAUGUCAUUAACUAUGCAUUUAAUGAUAGCGAUAAUGACGAAAAUUCAACACUCAUUUAUAAAAAAACAAAAACUCAACCAUAA